UACCCUUUUCUCGCCACCCCCAGUAUUCAUAUAUUAAACUUUGUUAUUUAAUACCUAUAUAAAUACAUAUAUUUUUAAUGGAGGAUUCAAAGUUACCUACAGAGGAAGAGCAACUUCGACAAAGAACAGAAGCCUCAAAACGACUUUUUUCUUUGUUGGAACAGACAGCAGGAAAUAAAGCCCAUGUCAAUUCUGUCACCAUUCUUGGUACAAAAGCGACUCGACCCGUAUUUUUGGAAAAGGCAACUAAAAAAGUUCUAGAAGCCACUACUUUUGCAGAUGUGAUUAAUAAAGCACAACUUGUUGCUGAAGAUUUACAACGUUUAGAUAUAUUUGAAUUCCCAGUUCAGGUUUUAUUAGAUAAUGCAUCAGAGAAUGAUCCACUCGCUCCUCCUGAUUCGAUUAAUGUAGUUUAUCAGGUGAAAGAGAAAAGCAGAGUAUUUAUAAAGACAGGAACUGAAAUUGGUAAUAAUGAAGGAAAUAUGAACGGAUCAUUGACUAUUCGUAAUGUAUUUGGUGGUGCUGAAUUUCUUGAGACUGUAGCUUCAUUUGGUACUAGAAAUAGCUCUGCAUUCCAGUUUUCUCUUGGUAAGCCUGUUAAUGCUUCACCUGAUUCCAGAAUAGAUAUCAAUGCACAUAGAGUACUUUGUAAUAAUACUCUAGCUUCCUCAUAUGAAGAAUUGGCUAGAGGUGCUGGGUUACGUUAUAAAACAUCAUCUCGAUUUGGCUAUCAUGAGCUUGGUUAUGAUGUUACUUGGCGAUCAAUUGAUAGAGUUUCACCUAAUGCAUCACUCAGCAUUCGUCAAGAAGCAGGUGAAUCUCUUAAAUCGUCAAUCCAUCAUGUGUUUAUUCGUGAACGUAGAGAUGAUAUGUUAUUGCCAUCAAAUGGACAUUAUCUUCGACUGACACAAGAAUUAUCAGGUCUAUUUGGUUUAGGAAACGCACACUUUUUUAAAUCAGACCUCGAAACACAAUAUUGUAAACAAUUUGGUGGUGGACAGAUAUGGAUGAAUAAUGAAAAGGGGGAGGAAGAUGCCAUGUUGAUGGGUGUUCAUCCAGGAUAUGUUUUAAGUACAACCUUUAGAGCUGGCUGGCUGGCUUCAUUAAGCGAUCAUCCUAAAGCCUCUACAGUCUCCGAUCGUUUUAUUUUGGGGGGACCGUUAUCAGUCCGUGGAUUUAGAACUGCAGGAAUUGGACCAAGGGAUUAUAAAGAUGCCUUGGGUGGUACCAUGUAUUGGGCAGCAGGUGUUAGCGCAAUAGCACCUUUACCAAAAUAUGAAAGUAAACCAUUAAGAGCCCAUGUGUUCCUUAAUGCGGGCACAAACAUACCAUGGAAAACAGGUACAUCAUUACAGUCUACAACACAAGCGUUGGUUCAAUCACCUAGCAUCUCUACUGGUUUGGGUCUCAUUUAUCGUCAUAGUAUUGCUCGUAUUGAAUUAAAUUAUUGUAUCCCAUUAACAGCUGCAAGAGGAGAUCAAAUCAAGAGAGGUUUACAGUUGGGUAUUGGAUUGAACUUUUUGUAGAAUUUAAAAAAAGAAAGAAAGAAAGAAAGAAGAGAAAAAAAAAAGGGAAAUAAAUCUGUUUAUUUAUUUAUUCUUCUAUUAUACAUUAUAUACAUUAUAUGAUA